AUGCCGUUCCCCCCUCCACCACCGGGUGGAAGAGAAGAUCCGCCGCGAAAUGGGGACGAUAACGAUGGUAGAGAUGGCAGCGAUGACGAUGACGACAACAGUGGAGGUGGCUACCGCGGCGGAGGUGAUGACGACGAUGACGACGAUGACAAUGACGAUGACCACCGCGGUAAAGGCGGCAAAGGCAAAGGCAAAGGCAAAGGCAAAGGCGGUGGUGGGGAAUGUUGGUUGUUUUGCCCAUUCAAUUUCCCGACGGGUCCGAAGAUGGGGGGGAAACAACCGGGCCGGGUUCACAUGGAGGCAAGCCCCCUGGCCAUAACAAUGAUCUCAAGAACCCAGGCACAAACCGACGCAAAACCCCACGAGCAACGACCGAAGCCGGUCGACGUCCUCGUCAUGCACGGAGACCGCGACGGCCACUCAGUUCUUCGUGACGUGCGCGACGUCCGGAUCCUCGCCCACGUGCUCAACAUACAGCUCGAUAGAGACGAAGGGCUGCUCGGCGACGCCCACGACAGCGACGGCUAG